UCUCGAUCUCUCAGACCCAAACAUUUAAACCCUAGUUAACCCGAGAUCCCACCAGGCCAGCAAUCCAAACAGGGGGUAUUUGAGGGAUAGCAUAAUGCAAAGAAGAGUAAAAGGACAGGGGUAUUUGAGGGAUAGCAUGAUCUAAGGAAGAGUACUAAUGUAUUACCCUAGUGAAAGAAGGGAGAGGGAAUAGCUGGGUAAGUAUGAUGGUCCUCUCCUUUUUUUUCCCCUCUGAUGAAGGAUGGAUCUGGAUAGAGGGAAGGAUAGCUUCUGAUAAGCCACUGCAGAGGUAGCAGCAGCGGCAGCCUGGGCCGGCAGGGGUAUCCUAUACUUGCCGUGAGCCGCGGAGUCGGAAAGCCGAGAUAAAUAAAGAUCGCAGCCACGGUCUUCACAGGUUUAUUUAUGAAAGAAAGCUAAGACACCAAGUCUUCAAACUCCAAAUCUCGUAGUUCAUGAAAUCGGUGCAACUCUACGGUUUAGAAGCUCUCUUUCUGUUGUUUUGAAAUAUUUUGGGAGAUCUGGUAAAGAGAGAGGAAAGCAAGUCAGUUGGCUCUGAUCCCUUCAAGGAAAGAGUUCCAAGGAAAAGGAGGAAAUCCUAAGGGAAGCUCAAAUCUUGAAAGUAGGAGAAGUGAAACGAGACGUUUGUUCUUGGAUCUAUAACUCUUCAGUUUCUUUCAUGAAGAAUUACCAGCAGGAAGCCAAGGAUUUUGGAAGAAAAUUAAUGAAAGUGGAGGGUAGAGAAGAAAUUGUAAUCUGUAUCACGUGGUAGAAAAAUAAAUUUACGGAGUAGCAGCAGCGCGCGGCAAGCUAUAAGAGACUGGAAAAUUAGUAUAGCUGAUUCCCUUGUCUUUGUUGGUUUCUUGAGCUAAUAGUCGAAGAAGAAAAGCUGGCGAACCGGUGGUGGGCUGGCAGCGUGGCCAUGGGAGGUGUCGACCCGGUCGUCACCUCUCAGACCUCAGCCUCUCCUCUCCAUCUCCGCAGCUUCACCAACUCCCACCUUAGCCCUCAUCGGCAGGACCAAGACCCCAACCCCACCACCACCAUCAGCAGCGGCAGCAACAACCACCCAAACGACGACGAAGCCAACGCCGACGAUCAGUCCCCAGCCAAUGGCCUCGAUGUCGUCGAGGGCGGAUCCGCAGGCGGAGGGGGCCCCGGCCGACGGCCCCGCGGCCGCCCUCCCGGAUCCAAGAACAAGCCGAAGCCGCCCAUUAUCAUCACCCGGGAGAGCCCGAAUGCCCUCCGCUCCCACGUCCUGGAGAUCGCUAGCGGGACCGACAUCAUGGACGCCAUCGCCGUGUUUGCUCGCCGGAGGCAGCGCGGGGUCUCCAUUCUCAGCGGCAGCGGCGUUGUGACUGACGUAACUCUCCGCCAGCCUGCGGCGCCACCGGGGGCCGUCGUCACCCUCCACGGCCGCUUCGAGAUCCUCUCCCUCUCCGGGGCCUUCUUGCCGGCGCCAUCGCCUCCGGGAGCCACGGGUCUGACCGUGUAUCUCGCCGGCGGGCAAGGGCAGGUGGCGGGGGGCAAGGUGGUAGGGGAGCUGGUGGCUUCGGGGCCGGUGAUGGUCAUCGCCGCCACGUUCACCAACGCCACCUACGAGAGGCUGCCACUCGGGGACGAGGAGGCCGACGCGGCGGCGGGGGCGGCCGCGCCGGGGGGAGCGGAGGGGAUGGCAGCUCUGCAGCAAAGCCCCCCGGGGGGGAACGGAUCGGCGUCGCAGCAGUCGUCGCAUGGAGGGUUGGCGGCCGUGGACCCGUCGUCAAUGCCACCGCUGUAUAACCUGCCACCGAAUCUGCUGCCCAACGGCCAGAUGCCACACGAGGUGUUCGGCGCUUGGGCUUCCGCGGCCCCUCGUCCUCCACCAUCCUACUAAUAUAAGUCCUGCUCUCUUCCUCUCCCUCUCUCUCUCUCUCUUCCCCUCACCCCCUUCUCUCUCUCUAUAGUUUAGCCAAUAAAAAGAAAAAAAAUAUUUGUGCUCCUUUGUUUCCUUUUAUCAUUAUUAUCAUUAUUAUUAUUUCUGUUUGCUUGUUUAAUUAUUGUGUUGAUGUCAUUGCAUGUGUUAUUUUGUAAACUAUCCAUGUACUACUGUAGAACUAGACAAUUCCGAUGAAAAUGUCGCCUUUUUCGAGUCUAUAUUUUUGUGUAAGUUUCAAUUGAAUGUCGUUUCUUUUC